AUGUCGGCACCCGAGCGCAUCCCUCCGUCCCCGGACCUCCAACCAUCGAAGCGCGCGCGCCAAUCAUCUCCCGAUAAAGAUUCUCCAACAUCGUUACCGUCUGCCGGAGCAACCACUCCGACCGGCGAGCAUCUCCAUGAAGGCUUGCUGCUAGGCCACAGCGGCACUAGUGGUGCAGCGGGGAGGAUCGGGCAGAGCAGCAGCUUCCGCAACGUAAGCGCUUGCAACCGGUGCCGGUUGCGCAAGAACCGUUGCGACCAGAGGCUGCCGAGCUGCGCGAGCUGCGAGAAGGCCAGUGUCGCCUGUGUUGGGUACGACCCCAUCACCAAGAGGGAGAUACCGAGGAGUUAUAUCUUCUAUCUCGAGAAGCGGGUUGAGCAGCUCGAGGGGCUCCUCACGGCCAACAACGUCGCCUUCCCCCCGGCACAGAACCUUGACUACUGCUCCAAGUCGGGCCAUGGGUCGAGCAGCAGUGUCCGGUCGCCCACGGAGGCUGGGCAGUCGGCCUACUCGGAAGGAACCGAGGGCGCAAGUGGCGGUGGGGGAGAGACGAGGAGAGCUUCGAGAAGCGGCGCUUACGGCGAUUCGGGUGUGUCCAACAAUCGCUACCUCGGGUCGACAUCGGGGAUAUCCUUCGCACGCGUGGUCUUUGCCGCGCUGCAGUCGUCCGUCUCGGACCAGAAGUCAAAUUCGGACAAGGGAGGCGUGCGACCAUCCAAGCCCGCCCCCAGCGCUAAUGGCGCGGCCGCGGGCCCCGGCACGUCGAUGCGGGAUUCCUUCUUUGGCUUGCACACCAGGCCAACCAUCCACCCGGCAACCUUUCCUGAUCAGGCGCUCGGGCUGAGGCUGGCCAGACUGUACUUUGAGCAUGCUAACCCCCAGAUCCCCAUCCUACACAAGGGCGAGUUUAUGGAAAUGUUCGAACGAGCGUACGCCGACGAAGGCCGAGCGCGGGGCCCUCGGGAGCUGUAUGUGCUCAAUAUGGUAUUUGCAAUCGGGGCCGGCAUCAUCGUGGGCGACUCCAAGGGCGAACCGACCCCUGCCGAUGCCACCGACCCUCCCGGGUCGCGGCAGUGUCAGCCAGAAGAGUACCACGCCAGCGCCAUUCUCCAUCUUGAGGCUUGUCUGGGGAGCGGCAGUAGUCUGAAGGACUUGCAGGCGGUGCUGCUCCUCGCGAACUUCGCACUGCUCAGACCUGUGCCUCCUGGGCUGUGGUACAUCAUCGGCGUGGCAGUCAGGCUGGCCAUCGAUCUGGGGCUGCACUACGAGGACGGUAAGGACCUGGAAUCUGGCCUGGGUGACCCGCCACCACCGCAGAAGGAGGCGGCGGCGGCGGCGGCCAGGGAGAGAGGGAGGCGGGAAUAUGUGCGCGAUCUCAAGCGGCGCCUCUGGUGGUGCACCUAUUCGCUUGACCGCCUGGUCAGCAUCUGCGUCAGCCGCCCCUUUGGCGUCUCCGACCAGGUCAUCACGACCGAGUUUCCGUCCCUCCUGGAGGAUCGAUACAUCACGCCCGAUGGCAUCGUGCAGCCGCCGCAAGAGAUGCUGCGGCCGACCUACAAGCUGGUCGCGCACCACUACUUCCGCCUGAGACUCCUUCAGUCCGAGAUCCUCCAGGUCUUGCAGUUCCGGCAGGCCCAGAGCGCUCGGGCGAGCGGGCAGAACGUACUGAACCCGUACAUGCAUACGGACCUUCCCUCGCCUUUCCUGUCCAAGUUCGACUCGUUCCGGUCGUGGCGGAUCGACAUUGACAAGAGGUUGUGGGAGUGGAAGAACUCGGCGCCGGAAAAGCAUGAGACAGGCGUAGCCUUCUCUACCGAGUUCCUCGACCUGAACUAUUGGCAGGCCGUCAUUAUGCUCUACAGGCAGAGCUUGAGCGUGCCGACGGUAUUCGAGGGCGAGUAUGACCCGUCAAGGGAGGUGAACAGCCCGGCCGUGUACAACGCAGAGCUUCGUGAGGACGAAGACCGCGUCUAUCUCAAGGUUGCCGAGGCCGGCCAGAGGAUCAUGCGGCUGUAUCGUCAGCUGCAUGUGGUGGGCUUGGUCAACCACACCUACCUGACCACGCACCAUCUAUUCGUGGCCGGAAUCUCCUAUCUCUACGCCAUCUGGCAUUCUCCCAUCGUCAGAAGCCGACUGACCAUGGAUGAAGUGGACUUCACUGUCCUUGCGGCAACCUCUGUCUUCAGGGAUUUCAUAGACAAGUGCCCGCCUGCGGAGGCAUGCCGAGACGCGUUCGAAAGAACGGUCAAGGCCACGCUCAGAAUGGUCAACGCUUCCGGUGGCUUCGGCCAGCAGUACCAGUCCGGGCAGCUCAACAACGGGUCUUCUAGCUCCAGAAAUAGCCUCGACCCCAGCCGACUCGAGUGGAGCUCGAGGAGCGACAGCGCAUCUAUGUCGGGCAAGCCCCAGCACAAACGCCACCGCCUCCCGAAAUCCAUGGACCUAACCUCGGCGGGCGCCUCAGAUGUGUACUCCGACAGUGCCUCGCUGCUAUCCGCCGUCCAGCUCGGCGCGCAAUACCGUCUCCCUGGUGCUUCCGCCGUCAAGCCGGAGCCAGACGGCCUGUCACUGAUGCGCAAUCUACACGAUCUGGCGCGCAGCAACGGUAGCUCCGCCGACAGAAACAACCCUGUCACUCCGGAAGCGCAGCAGCAGCAGAGCUCUCCCAUUGCAAGCAUGGCCUCACCAACAGUAGCCCAACAGCAACAGCGGCAGCGGCAGCGACAACAACAACAACAAAACCUCAGCCCGGGCUCACUAUCGUUCAGUGAGCUGCAGGGCAUGGAAUUCCUGCAGAGCCUGGAUCCCUCCGCCGCCACCAACAGCAGCAACAACAACAACGCUGGAGCUGCCACAGGGACGGACGGUGUCGACUUCAGUGGAUUAGCCGAUAUCCAGAUGGACCUGGGCUUCGGGCUUGGAUGGGACGGCUCAGAUGGCCAGCAGCUGGACCUAUUUGACGGGUUUUUCUUUGGUGGCGGGAUCCAGCCGCCGCAGCAACGGCAGCAAGGGAGUGGUGAUGGAGGAGAGGGAGCGUUUGGUCAGGAGGAUGCGGGGAUCUGAUGAUGAUGAUGAUAAUGAGGUUUGAUGAUGACGAGCACAACUGACGUGGGUGGAUGGCAUGGCUCCGGGGGUGUGGCUGAGUUGGUCUGGGUUCUGGUUCGAGACUCUGGCGCAUACUCGGAGUGCCAUGGGGGCUCUGCAAGCAGUGUUGGGUUGAGGGGAUCCGACGGACGUGGAGAAUAAGUGGCGUUUCGGUUGAGAUCUUCGCCGGUCCGGGCUUCAUUUCUAUUCUCCUUGGAUGGUGCUUAUGAAUGGCAUGAUUGAGCCUCGUGAGGCAGUGGUUCGAGAGGUGGCGGGAUGUGAUAGCGCUCAGCU